AUGGGACAGAAUCAAAGAUCUCUGAUCUACGCGUUCGUUUCUCGAGGAAGCGUUCUUCUCUCCGAGUACACCGAAUUCAGCGGAAACUUCAAUUCCAUCGCGUUUCAGUGUCUUCAGAAGCUCCCAGCUUCUAACAACAAAUUCACCUACAACUGUGAUGGCCACACCUUCAAUUACCUCGUCGAUAAUGGCUACACGUAUUGUGUUGUUGCGGAUGAAUCGGUUGGAAGACAAGUGCCUGUGGCUUUUCUGGAGCGUGUGAAGGAUGAUUUUGUUGUGAAAUAUGGCGGUGGGAAGGCUUCUACAGCUGCACCUAACAGUCUUAAUAAGGAAUUUGGGCCUAAAUUGAAGGAACAUAUGCAGUACUGUGUUGAUCAUCCCGAGGAGGUGAGCAAGCUUGCUAAGGUGAAAGCUCAGGUUUCUGAAGUCAAAGGUGUCAUGAUGGAGAAUAUUGAAAAGGUUCUGGACAGGGGGGAAAAGAUCGAGCUUUUGGUUGACAAGACUGAGAACCUUCAUCACCAGGCACAAGACUUCAGGAACUCAGGAACAAAAAUCCGUAGAAAAAUGUGGCUGCAAAAUAUGAAGAUAAAGCUGAUUGUAUUGGCAAUUUUGAUAGCCUUGAUCCUCGUAAUUGUCCUCCCAAUCGUUCUUCGGAAUAAGUAA